CGUAUGCUUUGGGGUCUUCUUCGGUUCGACGGUAUAUCCCUCUACGGCAACUUAUUUCCCGUGGUUACGGCGAGAUAUUGCAGAGAAACAGUCUUUGCGACAUCUACGACGGCGAUCAAAUAAUGGUAAGCCGCGUUUUUAUAGUUUCACCAUGACCAAACGAGUAAAUCAUUUCUUGAACAGCUUUGCACGCAUCAAUGGAGAUCUUUUAAAAAACAGGAAAUCGAUACAAGCUGAGAAUACUUGGAACUGAAUUAGCAGAAUUAGUUGUCGCACUCUAUGAAAUGCACUUCUAAAGGAUGCUCUAGCUUCUGAAGUGGCUGGAAUCCGAAGUCGAAAGAGAGAGCUGGUGAUUUGUUUCAAUAAUAAACGGAAGCGAACAGUUCGCCAAGAGAAAAAUGCUACAACAAGAGCAUUCUAGUGUCUCCGUGCAAGUUGAAAGAAAGUUGUUAGUGGGGGUGGGGGAAUACGCACCAUUGACGCAUAUUAGUGAAACACUUGUAUUUAACCACUCAAAGGAAAACCUCUUUUAACCUUAAACACUGGAUUUGAUAAUGCUUGUUUCUGGGUCUUAAAAUAUAAACUACAGCUGCAGUAUUUCCCCCAGGGAGCUUUUAUCAAGCACAAUGUGCUAUUUAUCUAACUGACUGAAAUAUCACAGGAUAAUUUGGGCAGGCUCCCAUUUUUCUUUCAGUGGAUAACCUAGGCAAGUUUUCAUUUGUUUUAGAGAAUGAAAGAAAUGAGGUACAUUGUAUUUCAGGGUACCUUUGAAGAGAAACGUGAACAAGGACUGUCCCCCAGGGAUUGCUUUCUUCUUCCGUUGUCUUUGAAGGUCUCGAUAUACCAACUGGACUUUCAGCAGUGUGAAAUUGUGAAGCGGAAGUGGUGCUGAAAUAUAGAGCACGUCCAUUCGUGCUGUGAUUAUUUUAUAAACUAUGAGAAAUUAUUUUGUCCAAGUAAUUCCCUCUGUACCUACUGUCAAAAUAGCCUUAUCCACUCAGCGGGUUGUUGACAUUGAAAUACCACAUUUAUCUCGCCAACUUUAGAAAAGAAGUAACAUCAUGUGUUAUUUUUGUCAUGUCUUUACCUGAUAAGCGAUAUCUGUAUGACCUAUUGGUCCACUAGACUGUUGAGGUUCAUCGACCAAGAAAACGAAAUCAUCCGGAAUCGUGAUUUCGUUCAGGACAUUAAAUUUCUACUUUAUUUCGAAAAACUCAAACCUUGUAUUGGUUUUUUCAAUUCAGAUUAGACCCUUUAAAAUAUCAUUAACGCCAAUAUGCAGGAGAAAAUAAAAGUGAAAUCCACAAAAAAAAUCACUAGAGAAUGAAACGCGUCACUCGUGAACAAAGUCAAACUGGAAACGUAUGCCCAUUCAUAAAGCAAGAACCAUACUUGUCUUUGCACGUCACAAAUUUUUACAGCACCUUGCCAGUUCAAAAUCAAGAGAUAAAUCAUCGUCUUUUCUAUCGUUAAGCCAUCCUACUUAUGAAAUGACUCCUGGGUUCAAACCUUUCACAGUUUUAAAAAAUCUGCCGCCACCUUAAACAAAGUCUUUCUAUUAGGAGUAAAACACAUGCAUGUUCAGCUGAAUCUGACGAAGUCAAUGAACCAGAAGUCCUGAAAGGUGAAUGAGUAAGACAUAAACCAAGACUCUCUUAGCCUGCGAAUACAGCUUUCUGAAUUUUUUUACCUUUCAGUUCAGUGUGGAGGAGACCUAACCACCAACAGCACUGGUGAAAUUACAAGUCCCCGUUUCCCUUUAAGCUAUCCUGAUGAGGCAAACUGUGAGUGGAAAAUCUGCGUCGGUCAAGGCUCGCGAAUAAAAUUGACAUUUAGCGACUUUGAAGUAAGUGAUAGAGUGCAUUUUGAGUAGAUUAGUGUACAAAGCACACGAUAUAUAAGAAAGUUGACCAGGGCAAUGAUUUCAUGUCAUCAUUGUCGAAAGGUAAGAAAUUAGCAUCGUUUGUUAUUCAGUGUAAUACUACCUUCGGUUGGUCAUGUUAAAUUUUGCGGUAUUUGACUUGGUAAAAUGAUGCUUAAACCUUUUAAAACUAUACACCAUUUUAAGGUUGUGCUUGAGACCAGGAUGGUGGGUCUAAUUGCACACUUGGAUUAUUGCACACUUGCACACUUGGAUCACAUCUCUAAUGGAUGGUAUUACACGUUUUUUGCGGGAAACUGGGUCAGAAUUCUUCCCGCAAAUUCAAAACAGUCCCAUAAUUCAAAUCAACGCAACUCCGACCCAGUCUCACCCGGCCAAUUCACUAUUUUCAGAUGGAUCAAAACGAAACUUGUUUACACACCAAAAUUUUGCAUAACCGUUGUUUCCAAUUUCUCCCGCACCAGGUAUUACAGUAGUCUGAAGAGAAAUACAAGACACAAUAUAUGCAAAAUUUUAGGGGAUAAACAAGGUGCAUUGUGGUCUAUGUGAAAGUUAUGAAUGCUGCAAUGAAUCUGUGUAUUACGAAAGCCGAGGAGGGUUUUCCGACUUCUGACUUCCGACUUCCGACUUCCGACUUCCGACUUCAGACUUAAGACUUCAUACUUCAAAGUUCAGACUUCAGACUUGACAAAGUUCGAACUCCGGAUUUCUGAUUUCUGACCGUUGAGACUAAAUGCAGCAUGGUUAGACUUCUGACCUCCUACUUCCCAUUUCCCACUUCUGACUUCCGACUUCCGAUUUCCGACCUCCGAUUUCCAACUUCCCACUUCCCACUUCCAACUUCCCACUUCUAACUUCCGACUUCCGACUUGAAUCCUCUGUCAGGCUCGAUUGCCGCUCGAUCCGCCACGCGGGUUAAUGCUCAAGUUCAAGGCUCAGCAGAAAGAACGGCUGUACCGUUCUAGCCACAAAAGAGAACAACUAAAGUUGCUCUUGUAAAAGCAACUAAGCACAAAGCCAAUCAGCCAGCUGAUGAGGUUCGCUUGGGGAACCGAAACCAUGGUUUUGCCUGGUCACAAAGUGGCAACAGUGAUAACAAAACAGUCUAAACACUGUUAAGCUUAUUAAAAACCUAUAACCAAGGAAGGAAGUACACGCUCCAGUCAAAAGACUCACAUUUUCUCAAGUUAAGAAAAACACUAAGCUGGAAUCUACUGAGUCACAAUGCAUUCUCCAUAGUUGAUGUAGCUUCAUUUUAAGCUGCACUUCAUUUCUAUUACUUUGGAUCUGUAAAUCACUAUCCGUGAUAAUUCAACAUCCUUCAAAGAAAACUAACGAGCUGGGCCCAGCGUGAUACAGCAUUGCAUAUUCACGGACUAAAAACAGUCACAUAGUUAUUCAGGCCCAGAAGGCACUUUGGAGAAAAUUAGAGCCCUUACUUGGCCGUAAUAAAAAACCUUAAAGAAUAUGCUCUUGAAUCAGAGGGCAAAUCCUGUCGACCAGAGACAAAAACCACAGCAAAUCGAUAUGUAUGCCAUGACCUCUCAAUGCGAAAUAGGCGGCUUAACCAGAGCCUUCUAGAGCAUAAUCUACCCAGCAGAAGGGAAAAAAACGUUUUUGGAAACAAACAGCAUUUUAGCAUAAGGUAAAAGUCGUGUAGGCCUAUCUCCGUCUUUCCUUGCUACGGAAGUUGGAAGUCGGAAGUCGGAAGUCGGAAGUCGGAAGUUGGAAGUUGGAAGUUGGAAGUUGGAAGUUGGAAGUCGGAAGUCGGAACACCCUCCUCGGCUUUCGUAGUGUAUUGUUGGUUUUCAGUGUCGCGCCAUUCAAAAUAGAUCAAAAUAUAAAUCAAAACCAUUCGACAGAUAAAGUCCAGAAUCUGGGAAAUGAAAGGAGGUAAAUAUACAAAGACCCUCGCCAAGAUUUGGGUCGAAGGAAUAAUUUGUAUACGAGAUAUCCGAGGAAUGAUGUUUUACCCAAAUUUACAGAGCUUUGUAUGGAGACGCCAUGCUAGAACUCAUCCGGAUGAGCUCCAACAUGGCGGACGGAAACCAACAGAAACAUUUGUUACCGAGCUUUCCUACAAAAGCGUGAAUUUACUCCUAGAGGAACUCAUAAACAAUAAGGAAAUACUUUUUCUAACACUUGAACUGUUUAGAUAGCAAAAUUCCUCUAAAAAAGUAGCUUUUUUAACCUAAAUGACAGCUCUCUCGGCCGUCAUGUAAAUGCUGCGUCACGCAAAAGCUUAGAAAUUCAAGCGUACUCUAUUACAAAACCAAGAACCCUUUUGAAGCGAAAAUUUGUUUGAAAAUUAGUUUUCAGCUGCUCUAAUACACCAUGAAAGUAAAAUCUCAGUAGGAUCGAUAGUUUUGUAGUUUGAAUUCUAGUGACGUCAUGUGAAAACCAACAACAUGUAUUCCAAAAGGAUGAGUUUGAUCGUCCGGGUGAACGUAGUCCUGAAUAGGACUGUUGUUGUUGACAGUGACUUUCAGUACAACGGCAAACACUACAAAUAGUUACACGGUACAGCUAUGGGCUCUCCAGUUUCUGUUGUUGUAGCAGAAAUUGUCAUGCAAAACAUCGAGGAACAAGCCCUAGCUACCUACACGCGAACUGUACCUCUUUGGUUACGUUACGUUGACGACACAUUCACCGUCGUACACAAAGACGGAAUCGACGAUUUUCACGAACACCUUAUCAGACAGAACGCGGACAUACAGUUCACCAAGGAGAUCGAAGAAAAUGGUAAGAUACCUUUUCUAGACUGCUUGGUCACUCGCGACAACAACAAACUAAAAACGACUAUUUACAGAAAACCGACACAUACCGACCGAUUACUAGACCAGUCUUCGUACAACCCGACCUCUCACAAGGCUACUACUAUCCGGACUCUGACGAGACGAACGCAACUAGUUUGCGACUCACCUGACAGCCUACUAGACGAGACUGAUUAUCUUAACAACGUUUUUAGUAAGAACAAUUACAACACGGACUUUGUUAGACGGAACACUCACAGUAACACUGAUUCCAACUCUCAGACCAACUCUGGCCCUGUUACGACAGCGACUUUACCGUACAUCAGAGGCACCUCUGAAACUAUUGCACGUAUAUUACAACCUUACAAUUUACGUGUUGCGCACAAACCGAUAACCACUUUACGGCGACUGCUUACUAAUGUCAAGGACAAAGACAAACCGGAGGACAGACAGGGAGUAGUAUACAAGAUCAAAUGCUGCGACUGCCAGGCUUCUUACAUUGGUGAAACCGGCACAAACCUAAGCACGCGACUGACCGAAUACAAACGCGCGAUGAGGAAUGGUGACGUCAACAAUCACAUUGCUGAGCACCAUUUAAAGACGAAACAUAAAAUUGACUGGGACUCUGCGACAUGUAUACCGUAUUCUACAGACUACUAUCAACGUCUUACUUUAGAAAGCUGGUUUACUAACUUGGAACAAACGCCACUGAAUCCUAGCCAACAGUUACCAGCGCUGUACAAACGACUUAUUGACGAGAUCAAGCAAAACUAACCACGAGAGAACAACUGGAGAACUGACAAUUUGACUAACAAUAGACGACUGUUUAACUGUGACAAUAGACGGAUCGAAACGCACCAAUCACUGAUCACGAGUCUUCAUAGCCAAUAACAUCACGGCUUAACUGACAGACGACCAAAAACAUUGCGACGUAAUUGACCAAUCCGAUCAGUAACCAGAGUAUAAUACCAUCAACUGACGUGAUACAACUCACUUUGACUCUGAAGAUGACUACCGCACAGUUUGUCGAAACGUCAGUCACUGUCAACAACAACAGUCCUAUUCAGGACUACGUUCACCCGGACGAUCAAACUCAACCUUUUGAAAUGACUCCUGGGUUCAAACCUUUCACAAUAUGUAUUCCUUCAACGUAAGCGCUCACUUAAAACCCAUUUGAACUAGCUACUCAUAGUAUAAACGUCACUUAGAUUCGAAUGGUAGGAUUAACUAGAGAGAUAAAACCGUAGAUUAUAACGAACUAUAAAUGGUAGUCGUUGGUUGUAACGGGGUGGUCCUAAAUGAAGAGAAUAACUGAACUUUUAUUCGGGCCAAAGUGACCGUAAUAAUGAGUUCUAGGUUUAGCGGGGUUCCAGUUUAUGUUUGCUAUCAAGAGAUUAGUUUUCGUCUCCAUUUGAUGAUAGUAUAAAUUCACGUCUUUGUUCUUGUCGAUUGACCUUCCUUUAGCUAGGUUCCCUAGGCCGCCAUUCCGGAAGAAUACGGAAGGGGGGAUGAAUAUCACGAAACAUGCGUUAAAAUAUUGAGUGUCCGACCUCUUCGUAGGUGGAACCGAGCCACAACUGUGAGUACGAUUCUCUUGAAGUCUAUAAUGGCGCCACUAAAGGACCGAGAAACAGAGUAGCUAAGUUAUGUGGAAGUCAAUUACCUGAUCCUAUAACGUCCACUGGCAAUGAAAUGAUCUUGAGGUUCCACUCGGAUUUCUCUGUUGCCUUCAAAGGCUUUAAGCUGCAAUUUGCAUCGACAGGUACUUAAAUUUUUUUAAAUUAUCUUUUUAAUGACAUAUGACCAGUUAAGGAAAAAUUGCUGCAAGGCAUUUCAACCAUGUGGGGUUUGAGCGAUAGCUUGAAACUAACCGAAAAAUUGACCGUCAACUGAUACGGAUGGCUGUGAGCUAAGAACUUCAAAAAUUAAACAAUGCACAACGAACGGGCUGCGGUUGUAGCUAAACGUAGAAACCUUUAAGGGACUACAGAAUUACCAUCCACAGUGGCAGUCUCCAUCGAUCCUUUAAGGGAGGAACCACUAUUUUUUUGACGGGGGCGGGGGGGGGGGGGGUUGGAAAACUUUCGCAGCUCCUGCUGCAAACAAUUUUUUGUGUGUGUCUUCCAACUCUACCCUCCCCACGUAAAAAAAAUUAAUGGUCUGUCUCUAACCCACUGUGCCUGACUCGUCCCCAGUCCUCUAGGGCUUAAUAUUUGUAAGUGGUCGCGGAACGGUCGCGGGAGACUAUUAUAUGUGCGACAUCUGGGCAUAGAUGGACAAACGACUGGGGACGAAUUAGCCACUGUGAUGAUAGCCCGGAUAGCAACAGACGUUCAAAGCGAAAGAGAAAAAGUGCGUGGGUCCCGAUUUUGAUCAACCCUUACAAGCUCCUCCUUUGCAGUAUAUUGUGCUUUUUGGAGUAGUAAAAAAAAAGUAGACAAUAAAUUCGAAGGUUACCGUAUUUAUUCGAAUGAGCGCCCAACCUCGAAUUAGCGCCUACCUCGAAUAAGCGCCCAUCCUAAAGGCAGGAAAAGUUAAUAAGCGCCCAGCCAGGAGCCGAGUAAUCGGCUCCUGGCCCAGCCUCGAAUAAGCGCCCACCCCACCCCACCUCCCUCCCACUCCCACUCAAACUCAAACAAGCGACCACCCCCUCCCCACUCCCAAAAAUCUGAAUAAGUACUAAUAAGAGACUUCCCCAAGACGGAGUUUUCUUCAAAGUAUUUUACAGGAACCUUGCUUUGUUACCUCUUCGCGUUUUGUUAUUACCAUUUAUUGUUUUGUUGCAAAAUAAACAUACUACUCUUGCUGAAAAUGUUGAGAUUUAAUUAGCGCCCAGCUCCGAAUUAGCGUCCACUCUCAAGGUCAAACAAUUUAAUAAGCGUCCAGGGCGGUUAAUCGAAUAAAUACGGUAAUUAAGGCUUUUGAAAGAAACAAAAUGGCAAUUACGACAAAACGUUUAUUUAUUUAUUUAUUUAUUUAUUUAUUUGUUUAUUUAUUUCUAUCUUUUAAGGCUGUGGCCGUACAUUUACAGGAUCAAGUGGCGUGAUCACAUCACCAAACCACCCUGACAAUCACCCGGUGUCUCUGAAUUGUUUGUAUGUUGUCCGGGUACCCGAGGGAAAAAUAGUCACCCUUAGUUUUUCGCACUUUGAUCUGGAGGGCGCUGAAGGUAGGUUACUCACCAAAAACGUUAACCAUGAUGAUAAUUUCGAUUGAGCGGUCGUACAGCGGUCGUAAAUAUUUUGCAAAAAGUGUGAGUAGCAAUCGUUUAUUUUUUUUUCCUUUUCUUUCUGUCUUCCUCCCCUUCCUUUUUUCUUUCUUUCUAUUUUCGUACCAUGGGAUGUUCUUGUACAGUAUCGCGAGCAACAUGGCGGAAAUUGAGUAAUGACUAUAAGAAUGCAGAUUUAAAAAAACAAGAGAAUUUUUUUCGGUGCAAAUUAAAAAAAACUGUUGUCGGAAAGUUCGCACUUAAUCUUAAGUUCAUGUAACCAGUCGAUGAAAGGAAGGAAACAAGGACGCGAGAAAAAGUAGAAUAGAAGUGUGAGAGGGGAGUGGAGAGGAGGAGAGAAAUGAGGAAGUGUUUACUUCUCUUUCUCCCUCUUGCUCCUUUUCGCUUUCUUUUUCUUUUUCCUGAUCCCCAGCCUUCCUCGUGUCCUGUAAUGAAAUCAACUACUACGUGGCUAUACAUAGAAAUUAAAAUAUUUACAAUGGAGACGAUUAUUGUGUUGCACAACAUCAUAUUUCUUCAUUGUUGAAUGAUAAAAUACGGCCGAAGAUUUGGCCAAGGCAUUCUUGGAUUCCCUCCAACCUUUUCAUGUUUCUUUUUUUGCCAGAUCAGUACCUUUUACAAAGUUUGUUUGUUAAUCGCAGAGGGACAUUUUCGUUGCAAAUGUUAAUUUAUUUUUCUCAGGUUCGGCAGGCUGUGUGUAUGACUAUGUGGAAAUAUUUGACGGCCAAGGGACAGACGAUACAAGUCUGGGUAGAUUCUGUGGAAACACCAAACCCGCCCCUUUGCGUUCUUCAACUAAUGUUUUGUUGAUGAAGUUCGUCUCAGAUCAGUCUAUAGCUCGAACUGGUUUUGUAUCUACUUAUACGGCUGAACCCGCAGGUGGGUAAUUGUUCCAGAGAUUCCAGACAGUAAAUGAAUGAUCUUAUCAUUGGAUGCAAAUUUUUCUUCCUUUUCAUUGGCUAAAAGCCUAACACGUGACCUGCAACUAACCGCCUUCAAGUAAUUGUCUGCUCAUGCGCAAUGUCGUCAUUUCAUAGCUGGCGAACUCAGGUCUACGUAUUUCCGGUCGUCGCUUCUCUUGGAAAGGAGCGACGUCCGGAAAUACGUCUCCGUUUGCAGGCUACCACCUGAUUAAGGUAGCUUGAUUGGUUAAGUACCUGAUUGUGGACCGGUUUUCCUGGAUUCGAUUCUCUGCGCAUGACCGACCAACACUCAGAAUCCUUAUGAAUAACUAAGGAAAACAAUGCCCUCCUUUAUCUGACACCUUAACAACAGCGAUUAGCCUUUCUAGACUUCUUGGGGAAAAAAACCGUGACUCCGCCUCAUAAUACUUCCAUCUCGGCUAAUCAAAUCCCUUUGACUCUGAAGAUGACCACCGCACCGCAGAGGUUGUCGAAACGCUCCGUCACCGCCAGCAACAGUUCUAUUCAAGAGUACACUCACAUGGACGAUCCGUAUAUCCCACCUACACAAGGGGCGAAACAAAUCUCUAACCGUCUGUCUCACUGCACCGUCUCUUAACGGGAAAUUCAUGACUCAUCAUUACCUUAUGUGCCUCGAACAACACCUUGGUCUUUAAAGAUUUUAUUGUUCGUGAAUCGUGAAAAGUUCAUUAUAUUUCUCGUGAAAGGUGAUCUAGAGACCCCCUCCCCUUCCCCGACUCUCCGACCCUUUACCUCCCCCUUAAAUAACUGACGAGAACGUUCUACCCUUGCGUUGACAUCUCCAAAUAUGAUUAGAGUUUCUAGUCUUGUUGGAUUCCGUGUUUAUACUUUCUGUCUUUAUCUACAGGAGUCGUUGAUCCAUGUCUUGUGAAUAACGGAGGAUGUACUGAUUUUUGCACCAAGACAAACUUUGGAAAAAUUUGUUCAUGUAAGCCGGGGCACUCUUUAGAUACUGAUGGCGUGACUUGUAGAGGUACGGCAAUUCAUGUCCUUCGUAUCCGCGAUCUUGCUGUCUACGGUGUCCUUUCUAAAUGCAUUUAAAUGAAAUCUUUUUAUUGUUAUUAUUUAGAUAUUGAUGAAUGUUUGAUCAACAAUGGUGGCUGUUCAGAUACUUGUGUGAACACUGUUGGCGGAUUCGAGUGUACAUGUAGACCUGGCUACAUUGUAGACACAGAUAACAAAACCUGCAUUAGUAAGUCUCGCAUUAGUUUAGGGUGUUUCCUGGUGCUGAGUGACAACUUGGCGGUAUUUAUAGCCAAAUUGUCCUUAAAAGCAAAAGAAGAACCUCGCCUAUGGUAAGAAAGAGCAGUGCACCCUAACUAAGGCGACAUAACAGAAUAUCUUACACACGUAAAAUAAUUGAUAAAAUUAGCUCACAAAUAUAUCAAAAGGCAGUUUUGUUAGCCGAACUCUAUACUGCCUUCUUCUGGAGCUAGAAUCCCAUCAAAAAUUCCAUUAAAGUUUUUUUUAACAAUAAUACUAUGCAACUAACAUGCAUUUUGUUUCGUUGCCCUAGAAAUGUUUUUACUAGACGUUAAUUUUUAUCACGAAUCCUACAUGUAGUAAUACAUCGUAAGAAAUGAGGUUAAUGAUAUUCGUUUUUUUUCUCCCUAGAUGAGAAUGAAUGCGCAACUGGGAACAAUAAAUGUGAGCAGAUGUGUCGUGAUACUGAUGGUAGCUAUUACUGUGAGUGCCACAAAGGCUACCGGAUUGGUGCGGACAGAAUCACGUGUCAUGGUAAGACACCAGAAAUAUGCUGAACAUGGCCGCACAACUAUUGCUGAGGUUAACNUACAUCGUAAGAAAUGAGGUUAAUGAUAUUCGUUUUUUUUCUCCCUAGAUGAGAAUGAAUGCGCAACUGGGAACAAUAAAUGUGAGCAGAUGUGUCGUGAUACUGAUGGUAGCUAUUACUGUGAGUGCCACAAAGGCUACCGGAUUGGUGCGGACAGAAUCACGUGUCAUGGUAAGACACCAGAAAUAUGCUGAACAUGGCCGCACAACUAUUGCUGAGGUUAACAUUGUUCUAGUUGCGAUCAGUAGGGUUGACCAUCUCUGAGAGACGUCCGCCUCAUAAAUUGGAUCAUUAAUCAUGGUUUACCGUCCGAAAAAACAAGUAGUUAUAACAACGUUACGUUGCACAAUUUCUUCCCCUCAAUUCUAGAGGAAACUGCAAGAUAACUGGCCCGUUAUAGUUAUUUAAAAGAUAAAGCGUCCUCGUUGUAUUAAUUAACUUUUUUUUGGCAUGACAUAACAGAAAAGAACAACCUGCACAUUCCUCUUAUACAUAAUCACAUUAUAGAUUGAAAUAAAAGACAAUCGACAGCUCAAUGGCCUAACGACCAACCGAAUAUGUCUCCUUCCAAGCCUCCCAUCCCCACCCCCCUCAUUCCCCCACCCCACCUUCUGCCCUAAAGCAGUUUCUCGUCAUUUCACGUCCUCAGGAUAUAUUUACCUGUAUCGCUCAUGUUUCAGAUGUAGACGAAUGUAAGCUUCCAAGGAGCUUUCACCAUUGUCAACAACAGUGUGUGAAUACACCAGGAAGUUUUUACUGUAAAUGUGGAGCGGGAUUCCAGCUGAGCGCUAAUGGCAAGACAUGCAGAGGUAUGACCGUCUUUACAUGCAGUAUUGGGUAUUAUGAUCGAUAUAUAAUUGUAUGAACCAGAUUUGUCAUUCCUCAAACUUCCCGUUUUCUCGUCAGUGAAACUGUAACACAUCACGAAUCAACUUUCUGCAGAGUGAGCGCUAAGCAUUUUUUUGUGUAAUUUACCAAUUUUUUAGAUAUUUUUUUACACUUUAAUAACGAAUACAAGAAACUACAAAAUACCUUAAACCUCCACAGAGUUGCAAAACACAAAACAUCCAAACAAAUUUCAUCAUGCACUACUUAGUUUACAGCUAUUAAAAAAUCAUAGAAACCUUCACAAGGCCGCCAAAAAAUAAAAGUAAAUAAGAAAAGAAAAAAAUAUAUAGAAAGAGACAGUGUUACAUGCAAAUGUUCUUAAAUUGUUUCAAACAUAAACGUAAAGUGAAGACAGACGCAUGUGCGGGACACCCGUUCUUCGAGCUUACACAUAUCAAAACUUUCCUCCAUUUCUUUAAAUGUGUAGUUAGUUUUUUCCGCCUCUUCGCUAUGGUUUUUUCUCUACUCGAUAAAGAGCCUUAAAAAAAAGACUUGAAUAGAAGGAUGUGGACUAUUCAAUUUUAAACAAUUUAGCUGCAAGAAUCAAUUAUCCUCUCCAAUGUUCUGACUGUUGAGCACCCCCAACAAAAUAUAUCCGUUAUUUUUAAAGAUUGAAGUGUAACCUCACAUUCACGAAGCCAAGAGAAAAAAGUUUCCCAAAAGCGCUAAGUAUUUUCCGUGUGUGAUGUCGCUAUCUUUAGUUAUGAAAGCGGAGAGAGUUUUGUGGUGUAUAUUUAGGUAAGGAUGAAAGAAUGACUCGAUUGAGUCAUCCCCCCCAUAUCCCUAGCGAAUUCCAGGCCAGUGUUCGCGCGCCCUACUAGAACACAAUGAUGUUUUCCACCGAUGUACACUGUAAUAGUGUUUGAACUAUUUUCCUUGUUCGUAUUCAACAUUUUCACCUAGACGAUAAUGCACUUUGUACCUUCCCCCCACCACCCCCAAUAUCUUGCAUAACCAUUCUCUAUUCUCUUUGGGCGACUGUAAUACUCAAGAGAAAUUGAAAACAAUGCCUAUGCAAAAUUUGAGGGGGGGGGGGGGGCAGAAGGGACAUUUUGGUUUAUGUGAAAAUCGGGAUUGGAAAGGAAGGCUCUUUUUCCAAAAACCUCCUCCCCUUGGGGUUUUCCCCCCCUUCUGGUUGUUUACACCCUUCAACACAACACCAAAAUACCCGCCCGUUUCCCACUUUUACUAGGCCCCGUCCUUGUCCAUCACAAUUUAACAUUUACCCUCAACGAAAAAUGCCGUUUUCCCCUCCCCCCCCCACCCCCCAAAUCUUCCAAAAACAUUUUCUUUUUCCUUUGGGGGACUUUAAACAUGAAAGGAAAGUGAAAAACAUGGCUUUGAAAAAUUUGAGGGGGGGGGGGGGGUAGCAGGUGCAUUUUGGUCUAUGUGAAGAUCGUGAAUUGGAAGGCAUGCGCUUUGUCCAAACAACCUCGUCCACUGGGGUUUUCCCGCCCUUCUGGUUGUUGUCCACAUUCAAACGAAUACGCAAAUAACCUGCGCUUUACCGCUUCUAACGAGGCCCCGCUUUCUUCGUCAACACUAAAACACAUAGCGAUGGGUUUUCAAAUUUAUCCACUCUGAGAGGCUUUUUCAAAAAUCAUUCGCGAAUUCCUUAUCGGUGAGGAAAGAAACGUUUUACUGUGGCCUUAAUAAGGUGUGGACGUAGCACAUAGUUACCGAAGUCAACGAUUGGUUUUAUUCUCCAGACAUUGAUGAAUGCCUGAUGGGAGGCGUGAAAUGUGAGCAGCAGUGUGUCAACACACCAGGUGGUUUCUACUGUGACUGUUACCAAGGAUACCACAAAGACGACAAACUACCACACAAAUGUGUGGACACUGAUGAAUGCUUAGAGGGAAGACCUGACUGUCAUAAGUGCUUUAACCUCGAAGGAAGGUAAGACACGGACGAAAACCUUUACUGAUAGAUCAAUUAUUACCCUUUAUCUUUGACAUUCAAGCAAAAGCGUCUCCAGUUUGCUGGUCAUUGCUAUCGGGCAGAUAAAGAGAAAGAGAUAAUCUCAUCUCUCAUCCUCUGGCGCCCAGUGGGCCAAGUGCAUUCACGUAACCUUACAUAACCCGAAGGGAUUGCUAGGGAUUUAGGACUUGAUACCAGGCACCUGAGUACAGCGAUAUCGAAUCGUGGUGAUUGGGAAGAAAUCUUCAUGGAUGUCGCCGUUCACUCAGGUGGUCGAAGGAUGAUAAUGAUGAUGAUGAUGAUUCGGAACUUUAAUUAUUGGAAUUAUUUGCUCGAUGCUCAUUGGUUCUUUACCGCUUGUAUUGCGACAUAGUGUCUUAGUGAGAGUAAACAGUACCUUUUUCAGCACAUUAUAAUCAUGUAUCUGUUUCUUUUACAAUAUUAGCUACCGCUGUGGGUGUAAUAAGGGUUUCGAGGCCGUGGACAACGAAACUCGCUGCUUAGACAUCGACGAAUGCGCUUUGCAUAACGCCAACUGUUCACAGGUCUGCAUCAAUUUGGAAGGAGGCUACAUGUGUGAGUGCAGUCCGGGAUAUCAAGCAACUGACUCUGAGUAAGAACUAGAAUUUUAACACUAAUAAAUAACAAAUAACAUCGUCUUUAUUUCUUCGAUAAAGUCCUUAUCUGAAGUUACAAAUUUUUUAUAAUAUAAAGGCAUUAAGCCAAGCGAUGCGCGCAAAUGUAACAAUUAAGAACAUUAAAAACUAUUUUAUCCUCCAAGCUUAUAUUAGAUACUAAUCUUUUGCUUCAGUUACAUAUUCCAAGGUGGGAAACUUUGGUUUGUCUUAACUCUGGGUGAAAGUAAAUCCCGUUCGAACACGGCUAGGAGUUGAUGGACAAACCCAAAACCAUUUUAGUCUCGAAUCAAUCCUCUUUUCGGCAAUUUAAUAUUCCGUAAAACUCCUUCCGCAUGGCCCGGUUCAUAACACCAUAAAUUAUAGGAUUAAUCCAAGAAGAAAAAGAGGUGAAUAACAUAAAAAUGCACUGUAUGGUGGAUGAGAUGUAAAUAUCACAGCCAAAGACUAAAAAGAGUUCAGCAAUUAAUGGAAUCCAACAGACGCAAAAUCCAAGGACAGCAGCAAAUAGUAUUCGCGACGUCUUUAUCUCCUGAGCAGUUAUCAUUCUCUGGCCCGUCCACGAUUGCUGAAGAGAUGGAAUAAUUGCAGUGUUGUGCCUUCUUACAACGCGAUAAACGCUCACAUAGCAGAAUAUUACCAACGACAUGAGAAGGAUAAAGAAGGACCCAAAGAAAAUGUACGAGAUUUUCUCCAUUCGUUCAUCGUCAUUCGUUCCUCGGCAAUACAGACUUUCAAAGGACCAACGGUAUAUGACUGGCAGCGAGAAAACGAAAAUCAAGGUUUCGAUAAACGAGACAAUCCAUACUAUAAGAAUGGACAGAAUGGUGUUCUUUUUGGAGAAAUACACUGGGUAUUUUUGUGGCUUAGUGACGCAAUAAUAUCGAUUAAUUGACGCAAGUGUUAAGAUGCAGAUUGACACCUGGGCCCAGCAGUGUAUAGUAAAACCUAUAUAUUGGCACAGAUUAAAACCGAAUGGCCAUCUGCGCAAAGCAGAUGCAACUAUAUGAAAAGGAAAGCAUAAAAAUGCUGCCAUCACAUCCGCUAUCGCCAAAGAUAGCACAUAGAAGUUAGUGACGGUGCGUAAUCUUCUGUUUCUGUACAAAGCGACGAAUAUCAGAGAGUUUCCUGCCAGUGAAACAAGUGUUGUCGUAAGGAUAUUCGCUGUGUGAAUGAUAACUUCAGUUAAGCUCCUUGAAUCUUCGAAUUCAUCUCUUUGUUCCAUUGCUGAUAACAGCGGAUUUCACACGUUAAAGUUAGAAAUUUGUUUCUAGAAUGCACCCACUUGAUACUACUUGUGUAGUGGGCCCUCAGCGAUUAGCUGCGCAACUGUUCUCUUAAAAGGGAAACGGGAAAACCUGACUUGCUCUUUACUCAGAACAUUUGCAUAGCAAUAAUAGUCGUUUAUUACAACUCACGUUAUUGAAAAAGGCUUCGUGUGUGUACUUUUCAAGGCCGUAUAAUUAAACAUUUCAAUGUAUUUUCUUGGUUUACCAAUAAGAGAAAGCAAUCCUGUCGAGGGAUAAUAAAAGUGGCAAAGCGUUCGGAAGUUGAAAAGAUGAAAGGUUUCACUUUGCUUCACCGUAUGUCCUCCAAAGCUAAUUGAUCCUGUCAGCCAAUUAAUAAAAAAGAAUUAGGGAAAAUUGAGGUAGUAAAAGUUUUUUUUUUUUUUUGGUUUUGUGAUUGUAAUAAAUCGUCUAUAGCUACUUGAACAUGUAUCGUUCAUACAAACCUCCGAGGGUGUUUAGCCUCUCAUCUUAAUAGCUUUUACAAGAUUUCCAAAAAUAAUUCAAGCAAGAGGUCUACUUUCAUCCUGUAAAAUACUGUCUUUUUCAGCAAAUAGGACCAGCGACAGCUGCAGCUAUAAUCGCAAUAACUGAUAAUUUCACGGUCUUCUGAGGCUGACGAGAAAACUCUUUAGUCUUAGCUAACAAUGUUUUUCCUUAAAGUGGCAACAUCCGUGUACAAUGGUUUAAAACUUGAUCUUUACCAAAUGGUGGUUGUCCAAAACCAUGUGAAGGCAUAUGUCACUGAGAAAUGUCAAAAGAUAAAACGACGUCGCCGAAAAAUGAUUGAGACAUACGAUGACUUUAAUUUAUGGAUUAGUUGAAUUAAUGGAUAUAAUAAAACUGUGGUCUAAGCUGUGAAUAGGAAACAACAUGUCUCUCAUCACUAAUUAUUAGCUGUAUAAUAUUUUUGCUUGUUUUGGCACCAAAUUUCCAAAGAUUCGAUGUUUUCUAGCGGUUUUUUUUGUCUUUUUUCUUGUUUUUGUUUUUUUUUCAAAACUAUAGGACUUCCGCUUGAAAGUUAUACCGAAAUUUACUUUUCGAAUGUAUCCUUUCCCUCUUUAAAUUCAGAAUAUGAUAUUCACAUGCAUAAAAACGAGUUAAAAUACCUCUAGCAUUUCUAACAAUCAUAAAUUGAAGAGCACCGUCUCAAAGUAAUAUGACCUAAUAAGACAAUUAUGGCAAUGUUUUGAUUCUUUUUUAGAUUUUAAAUUGAAGUAAAUUAAUAUAAUGCAUUUCAUUAGAAAUACGCUUUAGAUGAAAACCUACAGACACAAGGAAAAAACAGUUAUCUUUACCGAACAAAUCAUUUUUGGCAACCAGUCGCCUCAGAUACCGCCAAAGCCCGAUCGAUGUAAGGACAUAUUAACCAUGUAUUAAUUAUUAAGGCACAAUUUGAAAUGCAUUAAUUACAAUAGUUAUAUUUCACAAAUGGUUCAAAAUACAAUAGAAAAAUACAUGAAAAAAAGCAAGAGAAAAAGAAACAAGAUUGACCAAGAAAUCCUUUUCCUUUACGUUAGGCAGCUUUUAAAACAUGUCUGCACACACUUCUGAGUUUGAUGCAUUUUACAAAUAAUUUCAUUUGAAUUGUCCGUUUCUGGUUCGAUGAGGAGGUGUUCGUCAUCUUUAAUUUCCGCAUUGCAGGGCUCUCUUACGUCGGAAUUUUGGCACAUUCCUCCAAGCUCCACAUGCACAAAAACGCACUUUUGUUGAAAAAAACCUCGGCGAGGGUUGUUGCAUGCAUGCACUGUAUAUUUCUUCUAAUAACCGUUAAUUAAAAGUUACUAGUUGAGCAAACCACUGUAUUAUUUAUUUCCAUGUUGCUUAUAUGAUAGCAAAGAAUUGAAUCAAAGUGUAAAUUAAAAGCAAAGGAUCGAAAUAACUGAUAGAACAAUAUCUUGAUUUGAUUUCUUACCAGAUCGCGUAACUGCGUAGACAUAAAUGAAUGUGCUAAGAACAACGGGAAGGGCGACUGUGAGUACUCCUGUGCAAACACAGAUGGAUCAUUCCAUUGCUCAUGUCCUGCGGGAUUCUCCUUGAACGAUGAUGGCCUUACUUGUCAUGACAUUAAUGAAUGUCAAGUGAACAAUGGCGACUGCUCUCAGAAGUGUGUUAAUAAACCUGGUAACCACUCCUGUGCUUGUUUUGAUGGAUAUGUCAACUCAGGGCCCAAUGGUACUGAUGUCAUCUGUAUUGACUUUGGUGAGUUCUGGUAAUAGGUCAAGUUAUUGAUUAGAACACUGCAUUGGCGCCCUAGUAUGCCUGAGCUUAAACUUUUUUCAACGUCUAAGGAUUAUCAUGUAGUUUUCAGAGCAUUUCUCUACAUUGUUCGUCGCGUUAACCUGCCACUCCGCAAGCCAACAUUCUGCAUUUGUCAAUUGCUGCAUUGCAUUUUUUUAUUCUCAACCUUUUCAAAGAAAAGCCAUUAGACUGAUUAGCAAUUGGUUGGUGAGUGUGGAGCUUAGGCUUUUGUACAUUAUGCUAGCAUUUUUUCGAGCAUUUUAGUGAGGCAAAAGCAUUGAGCAUUAUUCGAGCAUUUUUGUGGCAUUUUCCCCGGAAAAUUAAUUUUUCCGAGAAAAUAAAAUAGAAAUUAACUUUUUUCAGGAGCCCAUGCCCCAUGAGCUCCUGCGUUGUUACUUGCAACACUUGCACGUUUUUGUAAGAGUAAGCUUUUAAAUUAAUUUAAAAAAAACCGUUUAUAUAAUGAGCAUUAUCCGAGCAUUUUAAUGACUUUUUUGGGAAAGACCGAGCAUUUUAGUGGCAAAAAUGGAGCAUUAAGGUGGAGCAUUUUAGUAGGGACGCAAAAGCAUAAUGUACAAAAGCCUAGUGGAGCUACUGUCGAACCACCUAAGCUAAAUCUGCUAAGGUCUAAAACCAGUGCAGUUACGAGAAAUACGUAUUGAAAAAUACCGCAAAAUGGAGCGACGUUCGCUCGGAUUGACUUUUAGCAAUAAAGUGACUAUUUAUUAACCCCAACGAAUAGUUGAAACUGACAUGUUUUUAAAUUUCUGGAGGAGCGUGCUGCUAGCUUUCCCUGAACUGUCGUUUUUUCGAACACUUAGACCCGCCACGGACUAUUUUCUUGAGUCAUGGAAUAAACUAUGAGGAGUUAAUGACUUGAAUGACUCAAGGGACAAAUGAAUUUUAGCUCUUUAGUUGUAGAUACAGUUCAAUGUUGCUGCUAUUUCGAUAUGUUAUACAACAGAAUUUCGAGAUGAUUUUUUUUCCAUGAUUCAAUUAGUUAUUGCUUCAACAUUGUUCCAUUCCUUACUACAGAUGAAUGCUUUGAAGAAAUUCACGAAUGCGACCCUCUUGCCAGAUGUAAAAACACCCCUGGAAAUUACACAUGCCAGUGUCCUGAUGGCUACCUAUCACAAUGGAAGGACUGCAUCGGUAAGGGAAAGAGCGUAUAUGUAUUAAAACUCCAGCAAUAAUACCAACAAUAGCAGUGAAAUCACCGCAGUUUCUAUUUGGGUGUAAAGUUAUACUCCAAAGGACCUUAAAAACUCUUUCAUAAGGGCAGUGUUACCGUUUGAAUAGUCAUGCAGAAUUAAGGAAUGCGGAAUUUACCGAACUAAUAAGUUUGUGCUACUAACAUAUGAUUGCAGACAUUGAUGAAUGUGCCAUGCCCGAAGUGCAUCAAUGCGGUCAGAUUUGCAACAACACUCCUGGAGGGUUAGUAAACAAAACAGUUCAUGUACUUCAGUUUGCUUAUACCUUAAAGCUUUUGAGCUGUAUAAGAGGCCUUACUAGAAUCAACAUUGCACAGUUUGACUUAGAUGAUCAAAUCAUCAGCUCACAUCCGAUCUUUCAAGACCCAGCUCACCAAAGUGCCCUGCCCUGUGACGGAAUCAGCCAUGGACUAACUUGUCAUCCAGCAAGAGUCUGGGAAAUAAGGAACGCGAACCGCGUAGAAUCAUAUUUUUUCUUUGCGUAAUAAGAAUUCUUUCUUUUUCUCUCAUUUAGCUUUCGUUGUGAAUGUAGAAAAGGCUUUGCUCUUCAAGCGGACAACAAGACAUGCUCUGGUAUGUGGAAGAACCUUUUUUUUUUCUUGCACAGAGUCUUGUAAUCUUUAGUUUUUAACUAAGGGAUGCGACCUCCUAAAGAAAUCAAUCAAUCAAAAUCGUAAUUUGAACACGAUGAGGAGUAAAGCUUGGUAGUUUGAGGGGUCGUGUACAAAUAGAGUUACUAAGUAGGUAAUAUAAGAGGAUAUAUAGUUACACAAAUGUUUCGGCUAAAAUAAGUUAAGCCCCUCGUGGACACCAGUUUAAAAUCUGCAAAUUCAGUUGCCUCUCACUGCUCCUGGCCGCCGCCUAAGGACGUUUUUCUCUCGCAAAACGAUCUCAGCGACGAGACGCGAUGAGCGAGAGGCAGUGGAUCCGAGGCAGUUGUUCUACGUUUCCAUUUAUCUUCUUAUUAAUUUUAGAUAGGAUAGCACUUACGUCACUACCUACCAUUAUCUAACCAACACUUAUUACCAUUGCAAAAUAAUCUUUAAAAUUUUAUUGGUUUCUGUUUCUCUAGAUAUCGAUGAAUGUAAACUAAACAUUUGCGAAAGAGGCUGCGUUAAUUCCAUCGGAAGUUAUCAGUGUUCGUGUCCUGCUGGUUAUCAACUGGCUUUGGAUGGCCAUCAUUGUAAAGGUAGAGUAUUUGAAUUUAUCUACCAGCCGAUAGGAGUUUAACUUGCAAAUAACUUAAAGUGACGAAAGUUGCGUUUUAUUACCCUUCGAUCAUGCUUAAUACGUCAGAAAGACUUGUUCAACCCCAUAUCAGGCUCGCCUUUAACGAAUUUACCUUAACCCAUGUUGUAUGGAACACCUGUAACCGUCCAUUUAAAACAGCCAUCGUCAAUGCGUCAGAUACAGGAACUAGGCCACUUGAUUUAGCGCACUCUAUCAUGAUCCUUGUAAAUAACUCUCAUCAUUUGUCUUAAAAUCUCUUUUCCCUUUUGUGUGGAGGACGUUAAGACAUGUAGUCUGCAUGCAUCACUUUACUGAGUACAAAGCUCAGCGAGACUUAACUAAAAUAGAGUUUUUUAAAUUUUCCAUUAGACGUCAACGAGUGUUUGGACAACAACGGAGGCUGCGAUCACAGAUGCGUUAACGAAAAUGGAAGGUAAUCGAGUGCGUUUGUGUCAACUUUCGAUGUAUUUUCGUUGGAUGUCAUUUUAAAAUGUUUAUAGGAGAAAGGUUUUUUAAAAAGUUUAGAUGAAAAAAAGAACCGCUCUUUAUUUGAGUGCCGAUGUAUUUGACACGAACGUACGAACUGAGGACGCUAUUCUUUACGUCUCCUUGUGGAAAGCGGAAAGCCAUUUCUGAUUGGUGAUCCAAGUCAGACGAAGGUCUUGCCGUCUGCUGGUAAGAGCAGUCGGAGACCCUGAUUGUUGGUCCGAACCUGAGACCUCUCGCGGGUUCGAAACAACACGUAUUGUAGAGGUCGGUAGAACGCUUGUUCAACAAGCGUUCUACCGACCUCUAUAAUACGGACACCUUGAAUGUACAGUCAAACCUCCUUAAUACGGAUACCUAAGGGAAAGGACAAGGUGUCCGCAUAACGGAGGUGUUCACAUUAUACAAGAAGGAAAUGUAUGAAUUUUGGUGUCUUUGGGACAAAAGAGAACUUUCUGUAAAAGAGAGGUGUCCGUAAGCAUUUUAAAUGAUGAAAAUGGGAAUCUCCGUGGUUGAUGAUAUGUUACGGCUGUCACAUGCCUCAUUCUUACGUUCAAGGCAAUGAGUCAUAAACGUCUAAUAUAAGAGCUCAAAGUCAUGCAGCCUUGACUUAGCCUUCUCUUUGUUGAACUCGAACGUUUUGGCUGGUACCCACGUGCAUGCGCAACAGUUGCCCCGUCAGCUCAUUCGCUAGCCCUUUUUGAUUAUCAUUCUUUUUUUCACCUUCAGUUAUUCUUGUGCCUGCCGUCAUGGCUUCAAACUGUUAAGAGAUGGCUCGACGUGUAGAGGUAAAUAAUUUUAGAACUUACGUUGAAUUAAGAGUCUGUUUUGCUGUGGCAAACCCUUGGGUGUCAAAACCUACUGACAGAUCUCAGAGUAUCCGCCACAGGGCUAGGGAGUACAGCAGUCAAGGUUUUUAAUUCUUCCACCAUUACCAUUACUACUGUGUUCCCUUUUGAUCUCGUUGGCCGUUUUUCAUUUGCUUGAGCUGUAAAUCCGCCUUUUUCUGCCAGUCGACAUCUGAAUAAUCGUCCUUUCACAUAUCAGAUAUCGACGAAUGUCUGCUAGACACUGCAUGUUGUAACCAAGGUUGUGUCAACACAGAAGGGAGUUACAACUGUACCUGUUACCCGGGUUACACGGCCGUCAGCAACUGUACCUGUCAAGGUAUGUCUCAGCACACAAAAUACAGAUCCUGCACUUUCGAGUGAGGACAAAGGUCCUUAGAGCGAUUUUAGUAUGACCUCGAAAUGAAAACGCACGAACAAAACAGAAACAACAAACGAACGGAAAUAGCGCGAUUUGAUUGGGUUAUCGAACGGAUACAAACGCGCGUGAUUUUGACUGGUGAAGCGAGAACUUUUAAAAUUUCUAGAAAUCAAUUGAUACUUCGCUUUGACAUCAUACUGCAACACGAUUGGCAAAUCGAACAAUGCCUUCUCUAUAUAAGGGUUUUCUUUGGCGGGAAAACGAAGAGUCCCUGUUUUGGUCUUUUCAUCCAUUGGCUGAUAAAAUAAAUAACGAACAUUUACCAAAACCAUUUUUCAAGGUCAUACGAAAAUUGCUCUAUCUUAUGUCGAUAACUAGUUACAGUUAUCAUUUGACUGACAAAGCUAAGGCCGAUUUUGCGUAAAUUUUACCUUUCCUCUUCCCAUUAGUGCAUAACAGGGGUCUUUUUUGCGUGAGCAUGCGCGACCGCUUACUUGUCAAAGAGCACGCGACCAGUGACAGCGACCGUGCUGCGUAGUCAUAGGAACCAAAUUGUUCACUUUGAAAGCUUGCUUGAGAUUGAAAUGGUAGCAGGAACUUAGGAAAGACCUUCGUUGUUCAAAAUAAGUAAAGAUCUGUUUAUUUAAAGUGGAGACUGAUGCGCUGAACGAGGUGAAAGAGCAAGUUUCUCAAGGAUGUCUGACACGAACAUGGCUGCUUGUUGUUGUUUGGCGCUCGACUCGUGUCUUCCCCUUUAAGAACGGCAAAGUUUGGCAUAGAAUGCAUUGCUGAUGCGUGGCUGUUGAGCAAAAUGUUCUUUAUUUAGUGUUUGUCUAUAAAUCGGAUGUAAAUCAGUUUCUCGAUGCCGUAGAGGAUUUCGGUCAAUAAUUUGUUAAUAGCUGAUUUAGCCAUAUUUCGGGAGUGGAUUAAUAACGAUCAGCGGGCGACUACCCCAGGGGGGGGGGGUACUUGGGAUUUCAAGUGACGGGGAUGAUCAAAGGAUUUUUUGGGGUUUGAAAUUUUCGAUUCCGGGAUUUUUUUGGGUACGAAAAUUUGGCAAGUAUUUUUUUGGGUACCUUGAUUUGAGUAAGGAUUUUUUGGGCGUAUUAAAAAGAAUCGGUAGUGCCCUGGCUGCGUAGUUCUGCGAGUAAAGUACAAACAAACGUGUUUUGCUGUUGUUUAAUGAGGGGUCUUUAAUAGUUAACUAUGGUCUCGCUUUACAUCGCACGUGUUAUACAAUAGUCUGCAUUUUUGGUCCAGGGAUUUUUGGGAGUUUUGCUGGAAGCCCUAGGGAUUUUUUUGCGUCUUGACUUUUGGCUCCAUUCGAUCAUCCCCCUCACUUGAAAUCCCGAGUACCCCCCCUGGGGCGACUACCACGCCGUUUUCAGUUGGAAUAGAAAGUUUUUGCCUUAAGUAUUUUAGCGAUGCAAAGUUUGUUUAUAGGAAAAUUGUAGAACUUCUUCUUUUCGCGUGGACUAACAUUGUAACGCAUCUUUUACAGGAAUUUGCUUUUAGCCAGAACUUAAAUGUUCUAAUGAUUUUUAACUUUUGGUCGGCAUCACAUGUUUACUGUACUUCUUGGGAAACCUAUCCGUUUGUUUCAUCAAAAUCGGUCACAAGAAUGGACUUUAAUUUCGGUCCUAUUAAAUGCAGUUUUGACUGUGUCUCGUUGAUAUUCAUUAUUUUUUAUUGUUCGAGACAUACAGAGUGACUACCACCGACAUCUCACCAGGUGCCUAAUCUACGUCUCGUGUGCUCUUAAUUUUGUAGCUUUAAAGUGCUGGGAAAAUUGUAGAACAUAUAUUAAUUCACUGCUGAACUGAACAUCGGCUUUCGCGCACUUCGAACCCACUCGCUAAAAUUUGCUAUGUUUUUUUUUAAAUAUUUCUCUUCCUUUCCCAUUUCAAAACAAAGAAAAUUGAAAGUGUUCACUUGCAUCAACAAACGUUUCUGGACUUUGUUUAGACUUUGAUGAGGUCAGCGCAAUCCUCUAGGCACUACAUAUACGCGCGCUGUUGUCCAGGUCAAGUGGGGAGAUGAAAUUUGAUAGUAGCUCGUGUAUGUUAAAGCCGGUCUACUUCGCUUUUGUUAAGACCAUGUUAGAGUUUUUUUUGCAAACUACACAUUUUUUUAAAUCACGAGCACAUUCGCCAAGACCAACGAGCAAAAUAAUCGCUAUGAUAGCUUUGAGACGCGCCAUUUUGAUGAAGCCAUCCCUGUGGUGAGCCUCCAUGCACAUCGCUUGUUCAGCGGUCGCGCAUGCUCACGCAAAAAAGACCCCUGUUUCAGUGCAUUAUUUUACAACUAUUUAAGGCUACUUUUACCACACGGAAAGGAAAGAAGUCAAAACAAGGAUUUGUGGUCACACUAGACUACGAGUAGUCCCCAAGCGAGAAAGGCGGGAAAGGCGGCUUUCUCGCAUGGGGUGAUUUUCACGCGCGCUCGCGUUUCGCUCGCUCUACUGUCCCUGAGGAGUAAUGGGGACUACUCGUAGUCUAAGGUUACACCAAAGAAUCGAACUAGGAAACUCCCGGACAGAAGGCCGCGCUCUAAUCUACUGUGCCAAUUUUUGCUGCUCCCAAUAUCGUUUGUUAGUGUUUAAUAACACAACUGGUGUUUAAUUAUGUCCUAUUUCAAGGCACGUGGCUUUAUCUAUGUAUCAGUGAACGGUAACCAUUUUUAUUUUUUGGCAAUUCUAUUCCUUUAUGCCAGAUAUAAAUGAAUGUGAGACUGCGAAUGGAGGCUGCGAACAAGUCUGCAAAAACAACCCUGGAAGCUUUGCGUGAGUGAGAUUGAAUAAACGUUGAGUUUGUGUUGUUGUUGUUGUUGUUUUUUUUUUCUUUAUAUCUCGUUUCUAUUAUUGCUCCUUUUACUAUUGUGUAGGUGUUUAUUUAACUGAAAUUAUUUAUCGAAUGAUAUCGUUUUAAGUCCGGUGAUACUUUCCUCAAAGCUCCCUCCGCUUUAGUUUACAUCUACUAAGGUCUUUUCAGACCAUUUUAACUUAUUAUCUAUUGUGGAAGUCACUUUUACGGGAAACGGAAAACGUGAGAUUCAGUUUGACAAAUUGUCAAAUGAGGAACUAAGGAGAUAAAAAAUGGCCGAAAAUAAUUCCAUUGGAUGAAACAGGCAUGGAGCCACUUAUUUUUGUAUAAAUAUAGUAGUAAAUGACAACUAAAGAGAAAUCUUGGUCAUGCGGUGCAAAUUGCCUUUUGAGGCAAAUUUUGCAGCUUUUGUUAUUAGGAACCUUUAGAUUCUAAUACGAGGACGACUUCGAGUACGAGAUUUCCUCAAUGCUAAGUAGUGUACGCGUGUGAGCCAGCGUCAUUUUGGCGGGAAAACGUGGUAGCUAUUACGAAUUUUUAGGUAGAGACUUCAUUCCAUAGCUCAAAAGGAGGUGGCAGGUGCCCAGCGGUUUUAGAGAAAACAAGGUUUGGGUGGGAGUGCUCAGUCUCACGGGCUCACAAACCUCCUUUUGAGCAAUAGAAUCUGGUUAUUUACGAAUUUUUGCGAGAAUGUCGUAGUGGCGGAAAUAAGUUAUCAAAUGUUAGAAGGUAUAUCAUUUUGAGACCGGGAGAGGGGUUAACCUCCUUCUAUAAAGAUACCAGUGCCAACUUUUCUGUUUAAAAAAGCACAAUAAAGCUUUCCAGGGUGUCUAUUUUUGGACAAUACGAGAAAAAAUACUUUAAAUCAUAAAUCAAAUCUCUUAGUCGUAGUCGUUCUCGUCCUCGAAUCUAAAUGUCUCUAAUGUUUUGAAUGCGAAGGUGCUUGUUUUUAGAUCUCAGAAAAUGAAAAAACAAAACAAGGCAAAGCGAAACAAAAAACAUUCUCUAGAAGGCAUUAAACAGAAAGCAAACACUCUUGACUAGUGUUUAUAUUGAAAAAUGUAUAACUGGUUUUCCAGCAUUGUUUGUCCGAUUCAUUUUCCCUCAGAUGCUCCUGUAACUCGGGAUUCGUCAUUCAUAGUACAGAUCCUACACGCUGUGUGGACAUCAACGAGUGUCUCACGGUAGGAACCAAACCACACCCCACUUUGUUUUUUAAACGUCUCUGUUUCAGAUAAAUAAUAAAUAUGGCAAAUUCCAGGCUUGGUGAAAACUAGCAAUAAAAAAAUAAUCUUCAAUUUAGUUAUCUCCCUGGCUACCAAAACUUGAGGAACACGCGUUUGAUAACAUUAUAUAAUAAUGCUUAAAAUAUUUUACAUGUGGCUAAAUGUAAUUUAGGCAAGGUUAAUCUCGAGCUAAUGCUGCCAGCGGUCUCGCCCAGUUUGCACAUGAUCCGUGGGGGCGCCCCUUUGGAGUUCGCAGGGGCUUACUUCGUACAGCCUUGCUUUUUAGCGAUCGUUGCGAUCAAUGCUUUUGUGAGCGAAUCUUUGCGGAUUCAUUAGCCCUAUCCUCCCUUCCCAGAGGGUUACUUGAUUUCAGAGGUAAGUAUCGGGUUAGGUAAGUAUUUCCACUGGACUAGUUUCAGUGUGAUGGUGCCUGUUAGCGGCUGCUAUGGAGACCUCCCUGCGGUGCCUGAAUUACCUCGGGCCCUUCCCCGCUAACUUUUAAGGCACCAGUUCCCAAGCUUAUCAAUUGGCGAUGAGUUUAAAAUUUUAAUUUUCAUUAAAAUGUACAGUAUAGGCUACCACCAAUGAAAAUUUACACCUUCUUAAACUUAAUAGCACAGCACCCAUACCCCCAGCACCAACAAUUGCAAAGGCCGCCUAUAUCAUCCAUCGUUUCACUUUACCCUCGGAAAGCAUUCACUUCGGUACACAGAUCCUAAAGUACUGUAUAGAACAAUAUAAGGAGUUACUACUGUAGUACCAAAUGGGUUUUAGUUUAACCUUUUUAUUUCCUUUUAAUUAAAGGAUAAUGGAGGCUGCCAACAUAACUGCACCAACACGCCCGGGUCUUACCAAUGCACUUGCCAUCCAACUUUUAAAAUACAAUCUGACGGAAAGUCUUGCGGGCGUAAGUAGAAAUCCUGUGUCUAUGGAGGGUUAUUAGGAAAAAGUGGGAUAUUGGUGAAAAUAUGGGCAUACAUAUAACUACACCAAUGGGCCUGGAUCUUAUUACCAGUGCACCUGCCACCCAAAAUACAAACUAAAAUCAGAUGGAAGACUAGCGGUCAUGAGUAGUAAUUAUGUGACUAUAGAGGACCUCUCAGAGGUCACUCGGUCAUAGGAUAUUAAGGUGAAGAACAUUAUAGGAAUACGGGAUAACUGCUCAAAUACGCCGGGGUCGUACCAGUGCACCUGCCAUCCAACAUACAAACUGCAAUCUGAUCGAAAGUCUUUCGGGGUCUAGUAGUUGUGAUGUGUCUGUAGAGAAGGUCUAUAAGGGAUUACUGGGAAACUUACUUGAAAAAUUAGAGGGAUACGGGAUAUUUGGGGGAAAUUAAUGUGGUAGGGGAUGUUUAGAUACUGGCAAGUAAGCAAUGAUGUAUCUAAACAGAAAGGGCUUAUCAGGGUGUACUUGGAUGCGAGACUCAAGUGAAAAACAAUAGGGAUACGGGAUGUUUGGGAAAAAAAUUGGAAAUGGGGUAGCCUUGUUCCCAGGGUUCUCUUCUACCCGUCCUGUCUCUCGCUCCGUAGGGACGGGUAGCAGAGAACCCUGGGAACGAGAUUGGUAAUGGAGUUUGUAUUUAGACGCGAUUGUGGGAUAUCGAAUUAAUGUCAAAUAAACCUCUUCUGAUUGAACACGAGUUUCAGUGGUUGAUAAGAAGUAGGACAGAACUAGAGAAAAAGACUCGCGAAUGGGAUUUUUUUUAACUCUUUAUGUGUAAAAUAUUGACAAGAUUGAGCCACCUAGAUAGUCUCUUACAAGGAAACUGAAUCCUCCUGUUUCCCGAAAUUUAAAUGACGUUCCCAUGAGUCUCUGAAAGCAGAAAGCAUUGAAAUUAACGGGAUACCGGAUUUCAAAGUCUUAGUUGAAGGGAUGAGUGGUACGGGAUUUGAACAGCCCCUCUUAAGGGGGCCUUUCGUUUUCAAUUUACUGUUCUAAGUUAUUUGGCAGUACGGUGUUCAAAAACUAUGCUUUUCUUUGUGAGUGUCCCGAGUUCUCCCGGGCCUCUGUUUCAAAACGAGGGUAGGUGCUCAGCCUUUGAUAUGGAAAUCAUUUUUCAUUCUCAAGCAAAUAAAACUCAUUUUCACAAGAAAGGUUGUGCCCCUAGCCUCAUUUUGAAAGUGAGGGUUUUUGGAACUCGGAAUUGGCCUAUGCGAAAUGAAAUUUCUUACCUCAUCUGUCGCAAAAACUGUUGAAAUGAUUGCAUUUCCCAGGUGAGAAAUUGUUUUACAUGUACAAAUGUCGGACAUGUUUUCAUUGUAAUUCUGUGUCUUUUCUUCCAGACUGUCCUACUUGUAGUGAGUUCGAGACAUUGUGGCAAACCGUUCAAGACCUAAAGGAACAGGUAGCUAAUAAGAAAAUGCAAUGUAUCAUUAUCUUUCGAAUUCUGGCAAAAUAUCGAAACCCAGCUGGUCUAUCAAGGAAAAAACGUUACCUAACAAUACCACCUUUCAGUAGAUUUGUGGACUAUAGGAAUCUCCUCAGUUUCUCGUAUGAAAUAUUUCGAAACAUUAAAAGGCCUUGAGUUCAAUAAAUGUAUACUAUUUUAGCUUGCUAGAACCUUUUAAGGUUUUUUAAAAAAGCUAUUCCUUCUGAAAGAAGGCGUUGCUCCCUGCAAGAGAAGUUUAAUCGUAAAUCUUGGUGUUCCUCCGCUGUAUUUGUUAAUAACAAAAGACUUGGGAGAGACUCUAUUUACCGUCAACUAGCGGUGUAGCUUGGCGUUAUUUAACUUAAGCGGAGCAGGAAGCAUAGUCGCCCUCGUCUCCGUCUCCUGCUUCGCGCACUUGAAAGUAAUGAUUGUUGUGGUAGCCGCGUGGCAGGCGAUUGAAGAGGAAGGAAAGUAGAAAUUAAUAAGCGAGCAAGUAAAGGGACCCCGCGUUGGCCUUCAAAUGCUUGGUACGCAGACUACGUAUUAAGGGAGGUAAUCGGGGUGUCGCAAGGUGACGUAUACCGCGAAGGUAUAUUGGUUGGCUCGAUGGUGUAUUGAUUUAACGCGGGAUUGUAAUUAUUUGCAAGGUGGUGUAUUGAAUAGGUAUAAGUUUAUUGUAAUUUACUCAUUACUCACAAAAUUGCUUUUUUGGUUUAGCUCGUCUCCGUUGAAGUUUGGAAGCAGAGUAUUAAUAGUCAAGGAUGUAUCUUUGACUCCAAAUUUAAACCAAAUGGAACCUCUUGGCGAAAAGAGCCGUGUGAAAUUUGCCACUGUCAGGUACGUAUUCUGUGUUUUCACUCACGUGGCCAGCAUUUAUGCAAAUUUAUUGGAAGGAAAGAAAGCGUUUACAUAAGAAAAGAGUUCAACUCCCACAUGACUGGUUUGGAACACAAACAUGGCCGCCGUUUCAUUGUUUUAGGACACAACUAUGGCCGCCGUUUCAUUGUUUUGGGACACAAAUAUGGCCGCCAUAGCGUCAUGUGAAAACACACAAUAUUCGAGGAAACUUACGUUAUCAGUAAUUAUCGAUAAAGUUAUUUUUUAUUCUUAUUCCGAGAACGUCAGCAAAACAGCGAAAAAGUUAUUUGGAAAGAAAAGUUGCUUUAAAAGAUAUUGCAUUUCGAAGUUUGGUCAAUUUGAUCAAUUUCAGACGUUAACAUUUUUUUUUUUCAGGGUGGCCAAACACGCUGUGAGCCAAUAAGAGGAUGCAUCAGUAAGAAAUUUUAUUACUAUUGAUAAAGGCAGAACCUGCUGAUAAAGGUUAUGACAGCCGUAAUUUCACCCUUCCGCGCCUACUCUCUCGCGACCACGAUAUUUUUCGUGUUUUAUAUGGUGGCGGUGAUCCCUUCAUUUCAAACUUAUUCCCAGUUCUUUUUCCCUCCCUACCAUAUUCCAAGGGAAAGGCCCUGGGAACAAGGUUGUCUUAGGUUGCGGUGAUGUGUCUAGUUCUAAGUGUCGGGGAGGGGAGGGAGAAAUUUCCCGCGCAACCAAGAAAUGACUAUUAGAAGUAAAAGUGUCCCAAGAAACAGUUUCACUGUAUUGAAAUUGACACAACACCUACCCAUUCUGUCACACGCCACCUCCAACCAGCCCGUCAAAAAAAGGUUUGUGCCCUAAUAAUAUUGCUUCUUCUGGUGACAAAUUGCUUUGUGAGUUACACAGGAAAGUGCAUAAAAAUCUGCGUUUUGUUAUUUUGUUAGAUAAGGUGGCCUCCACCCCGACAACCAUCAGAGGAAAUGAACCACUUACAGAUGAGGAAGAUGAUGAUGACGUUGACGCCACUGCCGCAAGUAAGAAACAUCAAGCAUGCGCCUUAGCCUGAGAAAACAGCCGACAUUCGCGACGCCACUACUGGGGUUCCUGCGAAAUGACGUCUGAGGAACGAGUGCAGAAAUUCAAUACUGAUGACUCGACACUACCCAAAUCUGGGAGGUGCAUCUGAUUGGCUAAAAAUUUGCCUUAACCAAUCAGAUGACGCGUCACUACCCAGAUAAGGGUAGUGCUUCUGAUUGGUUGAGGCAAUUUUUUAGCCAAUCAGACGCACCUCCCAGAUUUGGGUAGUGACGCGUCAUAAGUAUGGAAUUUCUGCGCUCUUUUCUCAGACGUCAUUUCGCAGGGAACCCAGUAGUGGCGUCGUGAAAUGUCGGCUGUUUUCUGAGGCUACGCAGUCUUAUGGGUUAAUAAUUUCGUAGCCUAUUGCGUCUUAAAUCGAAAUCCCCGCAAGUCUUACAGACUGUUCGAAAGCACUGCAAACGAGUUUAUGCUCAAGUGGUGAUAGCUUUGAGUUUUGUCCAUCGUCAACUCUGUGUCAUAUGGAAAGGGUUAGUGGGGUGGGGUGGGGUGGGGCUGAUUUUUGGUUGUUCAUCUUUUUUUAUUGUUCAUCCUUAUAUAAAUGAAAAUCUUCAGUAUUUUGGGUUUUCUUUCAAAAUACCACUGAAGUGAAUAACUUAGAAAAAGGCCUUCUCUAUUUUGAUCUAAAAGGGACGAUGCUCGAAAUCCCUCUUUCUUAGUCAUUUUUUUUUUUACUGAGUGUUUGUAAUUUUGUCAAAAAGUGUAUGAGGACAGGGGGCUUAUUAAGCCCGGAAGAAAAGAGGCGGAGGGGGUAUCGGAGGAGGUAAAGAAAAGAGCGAGAUGUGGAAGUUCUGAACGGGCAGGAAGAGGGAGAAAUAAGGGGAAAUUACCCAACAAUGCUUAAUAUCUCGCAAUUGAAAAGGAGUAUGGGAGGAAGCCAAGGAGAAAAGGGUUGGAGUUGGGAGGUUUGAAGAAAAGGGACGGAAGGGGUAUCGGAGGAGGUAAAGGAAAGAGCGGGUGGUGGGAGUUCUGAAAGGGCCGGAAGGGGGAGAAAUAGGGGGAAAUUACCCAACAAUGCUUAAUAUCUCGCAAAUAUCUCGUAAUUCCAGGUGGUGACAAUUCGCCAACCACGUCUACCACAGACAUAACCACUCCAGGAAGAAACGUCCUUACAAACAAACGCUUGCAGCCAGGAGGAUCCAAUUGA